AUGAAGUUCUCCGUCUUCACCACCCUCGCGGCUCUGGCUGCUACCGCCACCGCCUACGCUCCCAUGCACGGUCGUCAGAUCCUCAACACGACCAGCGCCUCUACCACCUCCGCCCCCCCGACCACUCUGCCCCCGACCACCACCGCCGCUCCCAGCGGCACCGGCGCCGUCACCGUCACCGACGUCUUCACCGUCACCUAUACCGAGCUCUGCCCCACCGGCCUGCGCCCCGUCGUCUACACCAUCUACAACGAGUGCAAGUGCUGGAGCCCCGCCAAGCCCACGCCCCCUCCCGCCUUCACCUGCGUCGAGGUCUCCUGCACUGCCUGCGGCGCCGGCGGCAAGCCCCUCACGGCCACCGUCACCUGCCCCGUCACCUCCAUCACUGCCUACAAGCAGUCCGGCUACGUCGUCGUCCCGACCACCCCGGCCGGCAACAAGCCCCCCGUCGUUGUCUCCACGACCCCGGCCGGUGCUCAGCCCACCAAGCCGGCUGUCGUCACUGCCGGUGCCGCUGCUGUCGGCGUCCCUGCUGCCGCCGGAGCUGUUGCUCUCGUCGCUGCCAUCCUGGCUUAA